AUCGAAGUUCAUGUCUGCAACUAUUAGGAGCUCCAAAACGAACAAGGGUCAAUGGUGCCAGUUAACUAUGGCUCAACCUGCUGUCGUUUUGGAAGAAUUUUAAGCUGAUGUCUUCCUGAGGAGUUCAUAGAAAUCAGCAAAUUAUAAUUAUAUAAUUAUUGGCCUCAAGAGCUUAUCCUACUGGAGUAGCAGCACUUAAAAUGCCGUCCAGAAGAUCUUCUGAUGAUCCAAUGCAACAUGAAGAAAAAUUAAGACUUGAAUCAGAAAAUGAGGCGAGCAAUAACAUCGAGAAAAAAGAACCUGUUCCCAUUAAGAUUGAAUACUAUUCACCCGAGAAGAUUUUCUGUGAUGAGUACAUUAAAGAUGGUGAGACACGAGAAAAUAAGCCAGAAGGGAUGGCUGGAACCGACAACAUUGAUUUAAUAAUGUCAUUUUACCAUUGCAGAUAUACAAGAGAAAAUAUCCAAGGAACAUACAAUGAAAUGAAUAAUUAUUCCAGAAAUGCUGGAGCAUUGCAGUUGUAUAAAAAAGAUGGAAGAACAAAGUACACCAUACCAGGCAAAGAGGGAAAGGAAUACAAUACUAUUUCACGUACAGUAGCGUAUGGAAAAUGUACACUGGGUCAUACUGAGAGGAUCUUGAUGAGAAAAGUGCUGGAUGUUCUAAUUGAAGAUGAGUGUAAGAGAUUAGGUAUCCCUCCACGGCCUAGUGACUACAAGAAAGCCUACAAUGACGAUUACCAAGUUUUAGAAAAUAUGACAGAGAAAGCCAAUGAAUACAAAAAAUAUUUAGAAAGCAAAGAAUUGAUAGUCAAGAUGUGGUCUGAGCGACCGCCAUGUGAAGGAAAGGAUGGUAUAGGGGAAGAUUGUUCUACUUUUAUUCAAAAUAUAUGUCCUGCGGGCAGUCAGUAUGGCUACAUAGUUAAAGAUUACAAUCCAAACGAAUCGGAUAAAAUCGAACUAGUACGCCAUGCGUUUGAAAGGUUAUUCAUCGCCUAUCUAAUACACUCACAAACAAAUGUAAAGUUUCAGUACUAUCUACCAAACACCAUUUUCUCUUCCCUGAAUAAACCUGAAGAAAUGGCUGGUCCUAGCAACAUUCAUUUAGUGACAUCGUUUUAUCACAGCAGAUAUAAUGAGGAAAAUCGUAUAAGACCUCAUGGGGAAAACUUUUCUUUGAACGCUGGAGCAGUACAGCUGUACAAAGCUGAUGGUACAACUGAACACCACAUACCAGGGAGAGAGGGCAAGGAAUAUAACAUUUUAUCAAGUGAAUGUGUUUGUGAGGAGUUGAUGGCUAUAGUUUUGAAAGACCUCAGAAAUGAAAAUGUCGGUAAUACCCAAACAAGUGAAAACUCUACCGAUAUUCAAAUAACAAAACCUUCAAAACACUUCAAACCUGAUCCUAUCAUGUGCAGACAAUAUUUGGAGAAGAAUAACUUGAUCGUCAAGAUGUGGUACGAACGAUUACGCGUGUGGUGUGUUAAAUUCUUAAUUGACAUUUGUCCAGCGGGAAGUCAAUUCGGUUACAUAGUUGAUGAGCAUUUUGAUCCAGCAGGAUAUGACAAACAAGUAAAAUAUGCUUUUGAUGAAUUUCGUUUAGCUUUUGAACAAAAUUGCAAAUCUUUGGAUUAAGCAUGAAGUGAUUCGCAGAACGAUUGACUUUGAUUAUCACUAGAAGAUUCAAAAAGAAGAUUUUUAUUUAUUAGAAUUUCAAACAAUAAUUGAAUUAUUUGAUUAUGUGUUAAACUAAAAUUUGAGAUGCCGCACUACUUAAACCCAGGGCUCAGUCAAAUACCUCUAAAGGGAAAAAAAAUAAAAAAUAAAUUGUUUUUAAUUCUUUUUAAUAUGAACAAAGCAUUAUUUUGAAAAUUUGCACGUAGACAGAAACAGCUUAUUUUAAUUAUAAUUCUUUUACUUUCUCCCCCUAUUAAACCUAUAAAAUAACGGGAACGUCGGGUUUUCUCGAAAAUGGAUUUCAGUCCUUUAAAUUCUGAACUAAAUGGUACAAAUCCCACUACCGUAAAAAUUGCGGUUCUAAAGCUAUUGCAACUUAUGCUAUUUACCCAUAAAAACCUCAUAAAAUUACAAAUAUCGGAUUUUAGAAAAAUAGCAGUUUCGACUAAAAAUAUUGUCCUUUAAUUUUUUUACUAAAUUGGAUUUUAAGGGAAAAACUGGUAUUGAUUAAAUCUAAUAUGAUAUGGCCCUUAUAUCAAAUGUAAAAAAGAUAAUGACUUAGAUUUUGUGUUUUCAUAAUAUUUGCUCAAUCAAUCAAUUAAUUAAUUUGUAUUAAUGUUAGUGAAUUCAAGUAAACGUAUGGUUAUUUGUUUAAAAUGUAAUGAAGAAAAUGACUUACGUUAGAUUUUGUGGUAAUUAUGGACUGUGGUUGAAAUAUCGUACUUGUGAAAUGAUUUUUUAAUUUUUUAUCAUCAUUAAAGUUCGUUUUACCUUUUCAUGCAUGAUUUAAUUUUGUAUUAGAAAAACCAUUUACAAAGUUAUUUUCAAGGUUUGCUUUAGUCAGUGUUAAGUUAAUGAUUAUCACGUAAAAAUAAAUAAAUUUCUAUUAAACUCGGAGCAAUAACAAUUUUUAGAUUAAUUCAAAUAAAAUUACGGACUUUGAAGUCACAAAGUGACGUUGGCUGAACGUUAAAAAAACAAAAUUGUUCAAUUGAACUUAGUCUUAUUAUUAUAUUAUCUAUAAUUUCAAUAUGAGAUUGGAAUUACUGAUUCCCCUUAGUCAAUACAAAGCUAAGGUAGUACGUAGAUUAUAUAUAAUUUUAAAUACAUUAUUAGAUUGUGAGGCAAUUGAAGUCUGUAUAUUACAGAUUGAGUACCCGUUUAAAGGUUUGCUUAAGUUUGCUUGUUUGUCUAAGAGCUUUGUCAAUGUUUUUCCUUCCUUGGCUAGAUAGAAUUAUUUAAAUUGAACAGGAAAUAGCUAUUUUAUAAGUAAUACCCAUUUUCGUACUAUUCAAUUUGUCAGAAAUCAUUAGUACUUCAAUACAAAUAUUCUAAAGAUUAUGUUCUUAAGCUAUUUUAAAAUUUAGUCAUUAAAUU